CUGAUCACAUAGCAAGGGCCGUCCAACACAGCUAUAGGUUUACAUGGGCUGGGUCUGCAGCCUCUGCAACUCUGUGCAGAGCUCCGGCACGAGCCCCUGCUACGGCUGCUGUCCGUCCCGCCUGCCCCAGCACUGACGCCCCACAGUCGGAUGUGCAAACAUGCUCACUGACGAGCACUUGAACGAAACCAAAAUUGACCUUGGCGACGAACAAGGGCAACCAGAUCAACAUGCUCCAGCAGACAAAGGGCAGAUCACGUCUGUAGAAGAACGGGACCCCAGAGGUAUCAAUGCCCAUUUAAAGGUAAACUUUGAAGAUGUGAUCGCAGAGCCUGAUUCGAUGCACAGUUUUGACAAAAUCUGGAUUUGGAGCGACGCCUUAUUCGAAGUAUCCAAAUUAUGGUGCUAUAGAAUCAUCUCUCUUAUUUUUGCUGUACCUGUGUCUUUAUUCUCUGGAAUUAUCUUUGCUAUUUUGAGUUGUCUGCAUAUCUGGUGUGUCAUGCCCUGCAUCAAGAACUGCUUGAUGAACAUGCCUUCCAUUCAGGCCAUCUGGGGAACAAUUGUGGACGUGGUCAUUUCUCCUUGCUGCGAAAGUAUGGGCAAAUGUUUCAGUGGCAUCAACCUGCAUAUUGCACGGGAUUAAAAUUCCUCGCUGUGGCAAGUGGUCGAUCUGAUUGACCUGACAGACUGGAUUUUGCGUUGUUUUGCUGCCCAGGGUGCGUCACUGUACAGAACUCGUACAAAGCUGUAGAUUCUAACACCUUUGCUCCUUUCAAUUCAUACCCUAUGCUGGGCAUUUUCAAAAUACUCCAUUUCAGUGGCAGCUUCUGAAUUAUCUUUUUUGUAUUAAAUAAAUUCUGCAAACCGAUGCAACAGAGCUGGAAAAAAAAUCAAGUAAAGACAAAGCAAUGUAUGCAAUUAUGUAAGACCUUGUACAUUCUGAAAUAAACUUACAGUAUGCUUA